CAUUUCUCAAUUCGAUAUGUUAUUUUAGGUUCUCUCUGUUGUUCCUUAGCUCCAAGUACUUUUGUUUCCUACCUGUAAGUUCUUCUAUAAAUAGCUUCAUUGGGUUACAACACUCAAUUGAGAAUGUGUCUUUCCCAAUGGACUCAAGUUCCCCAACUCUUCUUCUAUGUCCUCCUCCAAUAGAGAUCAAAGAUGAGAGAGAGAAAAAGGUUCUAUAUUUUGACACAUCUUUGCUACAAAAGCAACCAACCUUGCCAACAGAGUUCAUUUGGCCACACAAAGACUUAUUACACACUCAAGAAGAGCUGAGUGAACCCCUAGUAGAUCUAGAGGGUUUCUUUAAAGGAGAUGAGGCUGCAACCUCAUGUGCUGCCAAGCUUGUUAAGACCGCCUGCCUCAACCAUGGCUUCUUCCAAGUUACUAACCAUGGCGUCGACAAAGGCCUCAUUCGAGCUGCCCAUGAUCACAUGGAUGCUUUUUUCAAGCUGCCCAUUAACAAGAAGCUUAGAGCUCGCAGAAAACCGGGCAGCGUAUGUGGGUAUUCGGGUGCCCAUGCUGACCGGUUCAAGUCUAAACUGCCAUGGAAGGAGACCUUGUCUUUUGGCUACCAUGGCAAUGGCCCUGUGGUGGUGGAUUACUUCAAAUCUAUCCUGGGAGAUGAUUUUAAAGAGACAGGGUUGAUUUUUGAAAGAUACUGUGAAGAAAUGAGGCGAUUAUCACUAGCGCUUAUGGAGCUCUUAGCGAUUAGCCUGGGAAUCGAGCGAUUACACUACAGGAAAUUCUUUGCAGAUGGUAGUUCAAUAAUGAGGUGCAACUAUUAUCCACCUUGCAAAGAACCUGGCCUCACCCUCGGCACAGGACCUCACUGCGAUCCAACGUCAUUAACAAUUCUUCAUCAGGACGAAGUUGGAGGCCUCGAAGUUUUUGCUGAUAACAAAUGGCAGGGUGUUCGACCUCGCCCAGAUGCCCUUGUCAUUAACAUUGGUGACACAUUCAUGGCAUUAUGUAAUGGAAGAUACAAGAGUUGCAUGCAUAGGGCAGUGGUGAACAAGGAGAGAGAGAGAAGAUCACUGGCAUACUUUGUGUGCCCAAGAGAAGACAAAGUGGUGAGUCCUCCACAGGAUCUAAUUGACAGAGAAGGAGGAGAUGAAGGGCCAAGGAAGUAUCCAGAUUUCACAUGGUCAGAUUUGUUACAUUUCACUCAAACCCACUACAGAGCUGAUCUCACUACCCUCCAAAGCUUCUUUCUUUUCCAUCUCAACACCCCCAACUAACUCUUUCCUUUCUUGUCUCUUUUUGAUCAUUGAUAAUUCUCUCUCUCUCUCUCUCUGUACAUAUUCCUACCUGUUGGUCCUGUGGCUAUGUGAUAUAUAUAUGAUCAGUAGUUUUUAUGUACCUUCUUUCUUUUUUUUUGUUUUUCCAGUGUACAACACACGAGUUUUGAUUUGUGUAUUUUUUUUUU